AUGGCUGUGCCAUCCCUGGAGUUGCCUCGUGCAGGACAGCGUUCGCCUCCCAUGCCGGCUGAUUUCCGAGGUAAGGUCUCGGGUCUGCAGGAGCCUGUGACUUGGCCGUUGGGGAGCCCUGUUUCGCGGCUGGAGCUGCAGCUGCGCGAGGAGUUGGCGGCGCUGCGCUCGGAGCUGGCCGCGCUGGAGCCGGAGGUCAGGGAGCUUCCGCCGGCCCGGGAGCUGCGCGAGCUCCACGAGCUCCGCGAGCUCCGUGAGGUCGGGGCCCUGGAUCUCCGAGAGCCGGGCCGUGCUUUGGCGCCAGUGCCGCGCAGCUCAGAUAGGGAGCAUCAACUCAGGGAAAGGGUGGACAUCCACUCUCCGUGCCGCGCAGCAGCCAAGAUUCAUUCCCACAUGGAGCCAGUGACGGCGACCGCGCUGCGCGCCUCACCCGAGCGAGAGCGGACUGGGACGCCGCGGCGCGUGCCCAGCAAGCGGCCCGCGGACAUGCCGGAGCCCUCGCCGGUGCCUUUGACCGGGCUGCGGGACAUCCAAGCAGCUCCCGUGCCAGCGCUGCCUGUUCCGCAUGUGAACCAAGUCGAGGCGGAGCUGGAGCUGGCGGAGCUGCGGGCCGCGCUGGGCGCGGAGCGGGAGCUGCGGGAGAGCCUGGCCCGGGGCUUCGCGCAGGUGGAGCGGCAGCUGCGCGCGGAAGCUGGCGCCGCGGAAGCGGUGGUGCUGCAGCAAGCGGCGCGGCAACUGCAGGUGCAACCAGAUGCCACACUGACCCUCGAGGCGGUAGAGGCCUUGGGGAAAAUGGCCUUGAAGCCACAGCCCCAGCAGCUCAACGGGCAUGACCAGCUCUCACGGGUGCUGGCGGCGGGGCGGGCGCUGGCUGUGCAGAGCCAGGUGCUGAUGCAGCGCCUGCAGACGCUGGCGCUGCACCUGGGCAGCGGGCGCCGGGUGGUGUGCUCCAUGGCCCAGUCCAGGACCGAGGGGAAGAGCUGCUGCGCGAUCUGGGGUGGCGAGUGGGCACCGCUCAACUCCGAGGUCCCGAAGCUGGAGCAUGCCCUGGCAGCGUGGCAGCUCACUGUGGGCGAUGCAAAGCCCACGGUGUCUCGGUUGGCCUCCCCAGGCCGCAGUGAGUCGAAGCGGACGAGCCGAUCGAUGUCAAUACCCUCACCUUUGAACGACUCCUUCCAGAGCAAGGGGGACUCCUUCCAGAGCCGGGGGGAUGCAAGGACGGAUGCACAGUCGAAUUCAGAUGCCAAUCUUGCCAGAUGGUCGUCAACGCCUUUGUUGAUACCUUCCAAGGUGCUCGUGCCGGGAUGUUUGGCCACGACGCAGAUCCUUUUUGGUGCUACAGCUGUGGUGGGCCGGGUCGGGCUCCGCGCUUCGAACCCCUUGGCCUUCUCCAUCUGGCGCUUUCUGCUCGCGGCGCCAUGUCUUGAGCUGCUGCUGGUGUUGCGGGAGGGCUGGCACUCUGCGGUGCCGCGGCUCUCUGCUGCGCUGCUCUUCAGUGCGGUCUGCAUUGUUGGCUCCAACUUGGGCAUCACCCUGGGCAUCGUGCUCAGCGGGCAGGUGACCGCGAGCACCUGGCAGCCCUUGCAGCUUGUAUUCACAACGCUCCUGUCCCUGCUGUUGGGGGAGCACCUGGGCCGUCGUAAGCAGCUGGGUCUGGCUCUGGGAAUCUCAGGUGCGUUGCUCAUCGUUCUGCUGGACCCGGAGGUUUGGAAGGGCGCGCAGCACUCCGGCUGGGGCCAUGCCGCGCUGUUUGUGAACACCAUCUCCUCUUCCUGGCUCUUCGUGCUGAGGAUGCGUUGCCGCAUCGGUGAGAACGCGUGUUUGGCAAUCACCCGGAUGGGGCAGCAUACGAUACAGCAGGUGCUUAAUGUUGGAGACUGGCAUCUCCAAUCUUUGGCACUGUGGCCAACUGUAUGCGUGCACUUGGGUCGAGCUUUUUCACACGACCCGAGCAGGCGGCGUCUCACCGGAAGUGGAGGCCUCUCUGCCCUGCAGAUGGUUGCAUGGACGCACCUCUUGGCACUGCCCAUCUUGUUGUUGCUGGGGCUGGUGGCCAAUGGGCAUGAGCCCUUCCGGCGCGCCGCCUGCGGCGGCUGCGCCAGCGUGACAGCCCCCCCGGAGUCGUGUUGGAAUGAGAGGGUCGCCUUCACGUUUUCGGUUGCUGCGAUCUUUAAGACAAGCCUCGCCGCGGCUGGCGCCGGCUCAGAGAUUUGGAGAGCAGUGGAUCCCGAUGACUGCCGCACCUGGGACGCGAUGAGGGGCAAUUUGGAGGGUGGUCCAGAGGCGAGAGGCACGGGCACAUGUGGCUUCUGCCCAGAGACGGUGUGGAGUGCCGCUGGCAUGAAGCGUCGUCAUGCCCUGCAGGACAGGAAGAGGGAUGGGAACUCGAAGGAUGAAAAGAAGGAGCCCAAAGGUGAGGAGCGAAGCUGGACGGGAGUCAGCAGCGUCUGGGAGUUUCAGGCAGCAAUGAUCAGCGGGUCGCUCGAGGGUGAAAAGGACAGUGUCUCGAGGGAGCUCCCCCCGUACUUGGACGAGGCGACCUUGUGUUUGCGUGGCGGGCCCGGCGACACCAAGAGGAAAUUGGAGGCAGCCGCCACGUCCCCGUGCAGCAUAUUGGCCUCGGAUCUGGAGACGCGGGUGGAGCUCCUGCGGCGGGUGGUGCAGAGGGAUAGCUGCGUGAUGUCUGCGACAUCGCUCUUUUGGCUGGUCCUCAGCGGCAUUUUUCAGUGUGUUCCCGACCAGGUCACCACAGCCUCCCGGACUGCGCUGGGUCGGUCCUGGCACACCUUGCAGCUGGAGGUGGGGCCUUUGCUGAACCAUGACCAGCGGGCGCGGCAGUGGGUCACGUCGUGCCUACCCUUCCUAUUUGCGCAGGCGGUCUUUCGCAUGGUCUUUGACGGCUUCCCGGAGGAUCGGAAUUCCAUCCUGAACCAUUCGGACAACUUCAUGAACCAAAUCGUGCUGGUGAUUCAGUUCGAGAUGUUGGGCUUUCAGAUCAACCUGGACACUGCGAAGAAGCUGCGGCGCAGCCUCUUCCUCCAAAGGGUGCUGCAACAUCCGCACGUGAACCAGGUGGACUACCUCCGGGGCCAGCAGAGGCAAGCGGAGUUGGAAAGCCAGAACCUGCACACACGGCCUCUGAAGUUUGGGCACCUCGACGCCCCCCGGCCGGACGAGAUACAGCUGGAGCACGUGCUGCAGGGGCGCGCGGAUGAGAAGAGCGGGAAGAUGAACUGGAUGGCCGCGGCAUCCGGCACACCCAAGAGGGAGAAGGAGCUGGUGCCCCCGGAUCUCAGCAGAUACCUGCAGCUGAGUACGCAGGGCAUGGCGAUGCUGGACAACCACAUCUCUGGGAUGGCCAGGAUCGGAAAUGAAGAGGAGGAGGUCGAGGAGUUCGAGAAUCCCGCAGCCGAGCUAGACAUUGACCUCAUCGAGUCAUCUGUAGUUGAGAGUCCUUCUCUGUCAAGAGGAGCAUCGUCCAUGAACUUGUUGUUGGAUGAGGACUUCGGCGACGAGUCGCCGACGUCGCCCAUGUCGCCCAUGUCGCCCACGUCGCCUGUGUCGCCUGUGUCGGCUUCGUCCCGGGUCAGGGGGGAGGACAGCGAGAUGGUGGGCAUGUUCUCCGAGGGGAAGAAAGCUGUGCGGGUGCGGCGGGCGCGCAUGGCCGGCCACCUGACAACUAUGCAGAAAAAGGCCAACGAGAAGAGAGAGGAGGAAGCCAAGUUGAAGCGGCAACGCCAGGAAAGAUUGGAGCAGAAGCUGAAGACCGAGCUUCUGCCGGAGGCGAUGCGCUCCACACAACUCAGCACGACUUGGGUGUCCCCUGGGAUGAAGAGCCUCUACACAGAUGCCCACGACCGCGACGUGAUGCGCAUGUCCCGCUCGUCGGCGUUCUCCCUGAAGAUGGCGCCCGCAAAUCCGCAGAUGAUGGGCUCCAAGCGCCGAGGCUCAUCAAAGGAGCCUGGGGCUACAUCGACGUCAGGCUUAGGGGACCGGCCUGAGAGAGCUGCCAGCCGCACUUUGGCGCGGGGAGGGGAGACGCUGACCCUGGAGCCGGCCUGGAAUCUCAGCAGCAAGGUGGUUUACAAUCGCCUGGACGUCGCAUUGAAAGCCAGCCAGGAGCACUCCUUCGCCAUGUACACCAAAGAGUACGACGUCUUCACCGGGGAUCUGAAGCAGCGCUUCGACGAGAAGCGGCUCCGGGACGAGGAGGAUGCCUACCUCAAGAGGAUGAGGUCCAUGGUGGGCGGCAAAACCAAGAAGUUGCUGUACCCCGGAGGUGAGCUUGGCCGACGUUCUCGUUCAUCGGGGGCGCUGUGACACUUUUUUGCGCACGGCCGCUAUGUGAGGAGAUUAGCCUUGCCAAUCGUCGAUUCGGUCGCUGAGCCAUGUGUGAGCUUCGGCGCCUGCCAAGCCGGGCCCGAUUUUAGUUAGGCUGGGACGGCGCUGUGAAUCCUUAAAGGAUUUUGUUAAAUGCAUGUGGGAGACAUGCUCCUGGGUCCAUGCCAGGCAUGCCCAGCAUGGCUCUCCGCAUGUUCUUAAAUCCCCGACGGCCAGUGGCCGCCUUGCCCCAUGCGCAGCGAAGCUGCCUGCAUGUUCUCUGGCACGUGGGGACAAGCGGAGGGUGACGUGCAUCAUCCAGGUCCGACACAGAAGUUGCCCCAGCCAGCGCCAGCAUGGAGAUUUAAUCACUUCUUCUAGGGAAUCUGAACUCAGCCCAGGCAUUGGCAUUUUACACCGCCCGGAGGUAGUGCCCACGAUGAUUUGCCAGAGCCUCAUGGCCUGGGCCGCCAAGCACGCAGAGGCUUCUCUCAUGGCCAUGUUCCCGGUGUUGCAACCUGUGGCCAGCGCUUCCUUGUCCUGGCUCCUGCGCCUGGUGGUCCCCAGCUUGCGCGACACCCUGGUGCCACCUCAGUGGAACAUGCUGGGCGGCGUGCCGGUGGUCGCGGGCUUGUGGCUCGUAUCCCGGGCUCACGGCAAGAGGGCCUGAUCCGCAAGCUGAGUCGUUCCACCACUCGGUUGUCUUGCCAGAUGCC